AUGGUACAGACCACAGAUUCAAGUUCUAAUGCUAAUACAUUACUUUCAAGAAUUCCGUUGACCCUUCUCUAUCCUACGUUAUUGUUGUCAAAUAACUUGAUUUUAACAGUUCACGAUGAUAUUCUAGACCAAUCUGCUAACCAUGUGCCGUUGUUAAUUCAAUAUCUAGUUUUACCCAUCUUUGCAUCUUGUUUGAUCACUUUGUGUUCUCAGGUGCUGCGAACAUUCAGCAAUCAUGCUCUGACUCUAGUGAUAUCUUUUCUUAUUAUAAUUUUGAAUCUUUUCCUUGGACCGGUAGAGGCAUCAACGGUCUCAGUUCUUUUAUUGCAGCUAGUCACAGCCUCUGAAUAUAACCUACGGAAAUAUGCUGUCUUGCCUUUGUUGAGCAUAGGUAUUGAUUAUUAUAAUAAUUCUUUGUCCUUUACCACAGUUCUGUCAUAUAUAUUGAUUCUUGCAAUCAUAUUUUCAUCAGCUAGAAGCAAGAAAUCACUGUAUUAUUUGGACCACAUAAAAGUUCCUAAAUCUGCAUUAUUAUCAGUGUCUUGCAUUUCUUUGGUCAUAAUGUAUCUUUGGGUUACUUUAUCGACAGAUAACCAAACAAAGAUCACAAAGAUCAAUUACUCAAUGUUGUUUGUCUUUCUAGGCUGCACACUGGUGCUAUUGCUUGUUUGCCAGGAUAUAAAGACGACUCUAGAUAACCAACCUUUUGCGACGGUAUGGCAAAACCAAUAUUCUGCCACUAUUAUCGGUUUCAUGGCAAUGGUAUUACAAUAUUUGUCUUUUAAUGCAAUUUCAAGCUCUUCAAAAAGUGACUUCCUAACGGCUGUGUUUAUUCUUAUAAGUGGCAUACUUCCAAGUUCAUUGGAAUAUGAAAAUCAAGGUUAUCAUCCUAAGGAGGACGAAAAUCCUGAUAAGCAUUGUCAGCACCAACUAAACGAGCAUGAACAUGAACAUAGUCACUCCGUUUCCACCCACUCGCAUACUCAUGACUCUAAAGAGCUUCUUGAGAAUGAGAAAGAAUUUCUAACUACUAGUAAACUUCUUAUGAGUCUAGCCACAAACAAAGAGACGAAAUCCAUUUUUUCUUUUCUAUUACUUAAUUCAGCAUUCAUGUUUGUUCAGCUUCUAUAUUCCUUUAGAUCCAGGUCAUUGGGAUUAUUAUCUGACUCGCUACACAUGGCUCUCGAUUGUACUUCUCUAUUUCUCGGUUUAUUGGCUGGCGUGCUUUCAAAAUACCCCGCUAGUGACAAGUAUCCUUUUGCGUUGGGCUACUUAGAGACUAUUGCAGGUUUCACAAAUGGGGUCUUGUUGAUUGGAAUUGUUAUUGAAAUUUUCAUUGAAUCAUUCCAAAGAAUAUUUAAUCCAGUCACAAUACUAGGAACUACCGAGUUGUUAGUAGUUUCUAUCCUAGGGUUACUUGUAAACGUUGUAGGUCUAUGUGCAUUUGACCAUGGCCAUGCUCACGGCGAACAUGAAUCUAAUGACAACAUGAGAGGUAUCUUCCUUCAUGUUUUGGCAGAUACCCUUGGCUCUGUCGGAGUUAUCAUAUCUACUUUAUUGACCAAGAUCUUUAAAUCGCAGAUAUUCGAUCCAAUUGCCUCAUUUUUUAUUGCAUCGUUAAUCCUUCUAAGCUCGCUCCCAUUACUAAAGUCUACAGGGUCAAGCUUGUUGUUAAAGGUUGACGACAAAAAGCACGCUUUAUUGAAAAACGUUUUGAAUCAGAUUGUGUCAACUCCUGGAGUGACUGGAUAUACGGCUCCGCGAUUUUGGCCAGAAUCUACCUCAGGAAAUAGUCAUGGCCAUUCUCAUGGUCACUCUCACACAUCAUCGAACUCUCAUGAAGAGGAGAACAAUCACUCUCAUGAAAGUUCACAUUCACAUACAGAGUCUCCAGUGGAAGCCAAGUCAAAGAGUAAUUCCUCUGCAAAGCCAUCGCUCGUUGGUUAUAUCCAUGUCCAAUACAUAGAUGGAGAAAAUUCAACCAUCAUAAAAAAGCGUGUCGAAAGAAUAUUUGAGAGAGCAAAUAUCAAAGUGUGGAUCCAGGUUGAAGCCCAAAGUUCUGCUUGCUGGUGUAGGGCCACAUCCAUGAAAGACCAGGCAAUUAUAAUAUGA